GAGCCGGGCCCGGUGAUGCCGGCGCCAACGUCACAGGGCCGCGCUGGGGACUUUGGGCCGGUCCAGUGGCAGCGCGACAGAGAAAACAGGCACUGACACAACCGCCCGGUUUACCCAUGCUCCUUAACUUCAGGGUUUCUCGGGUCCUCUACGAGCUGAUUUGCCUGCGGUCGGGGCUGGGGGCGGGGCGCGGGGCUUGAAAACAGUGCGACCGUAUUUUCUUUGCGUCGGGGCAGAUCGAAGCGCAGAGUGAGUCUUUAUUUAAAAAAAAAAAAAAAAAAAAGGAAACUUGUCGUCUGCGGAGUGGCUGGCAACACCUUUGUGGUUGAGUUUUACCGUCCCCGAGCGGGAAGCCCUGGCUCACCGACCCGUGCGUCUCGGGUCCAGCUCCGCCUGGCCGCGGGUGAGGGGACACCUGCCGACGCUGGACACGCGGACGUUACUUUGUAUUCCAGAAGGGGGAAAGAAAGAAAAAAGAAAAAACAAACCCAAAACGUCCUCAUCAGCUUCCAAGGUAUCUUUCAGAUGAAGGCAUUGAAGCUUGCACAAGUUCUCCUGACAAAGUCAAUAUAAAUGACAUCAUCCUGAUUGCUCUCAAUACUUAAGAACAAUUGGCAAGAAAUUCCUCCCCAGUGACAUCAAUGGUGGAAAGGUAGAAAAGCUUGAAGGUCCAUGUGUUUUGCAAAUUCAGAAAAUUCGCAAUGUUGCUGCACCAAAGGACAAUGAAGAAUCUCAGGCUGCACCGAGAAUGCUGCGUUUGCAGAUGACUGAUGGGCACAUAAGUUGCACAGCUGUGGAAUUUAGUUAUAUGUCAAAAAUAAGCCUGAACACACCACCUGGAACUAAAGUGAAGCUCUCGGGCAUUGUGGAUAUAAAAAAUGGAUUCCUGCUCUUGAAUGACUCUAACACCACAGUUCUUGGCGGUGAAGUAGAACAUCUUAUUGAGAAAUGGGAGUUACAGAGAAGCUUGUCAAAACACAAUAGAAGUAAUAUUGGAACUGAAGGUGGACCACCUCCUUUUGUGCCUUUUGGACAGAAGUGCAUAUCCCACGUCCAAGUGGAUAGUAGAGAACUUGACCGAAGAAAGACAUUGCAAGUUACGAUGCCUGCCAAACAAACAAAUGAUAAUGAUGAAUUUGAAAAGCAAAGGACUGCUGCUAUUGCGGAAGUUGCAAAGAGCAAAGAAACCAAGACAUUUGGAGGAGGUGGUGGUGGUGCUAGAAGUAAUCUCAACAUGAGUGCUGCUGGUAACCGAAAUAGAGAAAUUUUACAAAAAGAAAAGUCAGCCAAAUCUGAGGGGAAACACGAAGGUGUCUAUAGAGAACUGGUUGAUGAGAAGGCUCUGAAACACAUAACAGAAAUGGGCUUCAGUAAAGAAGCAUCCAGGCAAGCUCUAAUGGAUAAUGGCAACAACUUAGAAGCAGCACUGAAUGUACUUCUUAACAGCAAUAAACACAAACCUGUUACAGGACCACCUCUGAGAGGUAAAGGAAAAGGCAGGGGGAGAAUAAGAUCUGAAGAAGAGGAGGAACUGGGAAAUGCAAGGCCAUCAGCACCAAGCACAUUAUUUGAUUUCUUGGAGUCUAAAAUGGGGACAUUGAGUGUGGAAGAACCUAAAUCACAGCCACAGCAGCUUCAUCAGGGACAACACAGAUUGUCAAAUACUGAGCAAAAUGGAGUAAAAGAUAACAAUCAACCAAGACAUCUUCCUCGAAAUGAUACCAGACAGCCAAGAAAUGAGAAACCUCCUCGUUUUCAAAGAGACACCCAAAAUUCAAAGUCAGUUUUAGAAGGCAGUGGAUUACCUAGAAACAGAGGUUCCGAAAGACCCAGUACUUCUUCAGGGUCUGAAGCAUGGGCUGAAGAGAGAAUCAAGUGUGAUAGACCCUACUCUAGAUACGACAGAACUAAAGAGCCUUCAUACCCUUUCAGUUCUCAGCACGACGGUGCUUUUAAAAAAAGGGAUAACUCUAUGCAAAGCAGAUCAGGCAAAGGUCCAUCCUAUGCAGAGGCAAAGGAAAAUCCACUUGCUCAAGAAUCCACUGAUUAUAAUAACCAGAAACGUGGGAAAAGAGAAAACCAAACAGCAAAUCCUGAUCAUUUUUAUGACAGGAAACCACGAACAAGUAACGAAACUUUCAGUGGUGUAAAAAUUGAAAAACAUUUUAAUGUAAAUACCGAUUUCCAGAAUCCUGUCCGAACUAAUAGUUUCCUUGGUGUUCCAAAUGGAGAGACAGACAUGCCACUGAGGGGCAGGCGAGUGGGACCGAUUAAGCCGGCAGGACCCAUCACAGCUACACCUUAUGAUGAUAAAGUAUUUUACAACAGUGGGCCCAAAAGAAGAUCUGGGCCCAUUAAACCAGAAAAAGUACUAGAAUCAUCUAUUCCUAUGGAGUAUGCAAAAUUGUGGAAACCUGGAGAUGAAUGUUUUGCACUUUAUUGGGAAGACAACAAGGUAUGCAUGCUGUCAAGCUAUCAUAUACUAAUAUUACUGAAUGUCGCAUUCUAGCAAGGACAUAGAAGG